GCUAGUUGACAGAACUUUGAAGGCCCCAAAACCAACCAGUCGCUGCUAAUCCCUCCGCAGGUCACUUCGUCACUGCCGCUGCGGGCUGCACCACAUUCGGGAUAUAUUCGGAAGUAACUAUUAAGAAUGCAGAGAACGUUGACGUCGUUAGCUCGAUCUCUGAUAGCGAGGCGAGGGUUCAGCACAAACUCUGAAAAGAUUGUAGCUUCGGUGCUGUUCGAGAGGUUACCGGUUGUUAUCCCCAAAAUCGACCCUGUUGUCUAUGCUUUUCAGGAGUUUUCGUUUAGGUGGGGGCAGCAAUACCGACGCAGAUAUCCUGAUGAAUUUCUAGACAAGUCUAAAGCUGGGGGAAAGGGGGACUACCAAAUUGACUACAAGCCAGCUCCACGGAUCACUGAAGCUGAUGAAACAAAUGAUAGGAAGUCAUUACAGAGAGCCCUUGACAGAAGACUCUAUCUUCUUAUUUACGGUAACACUAUUGGAGCUCCCAAUGGCAAGCCUGUGUGGCAUUUUCCAGAGAAAGUGUACGAAUCUGAGGAGACAUUACGUAAGUGUGCCGAAUCUGCAUUACAAUCUGUCAUAGGGGACCUUUCCCACACGUAUUUUGUUGGGAAUGCUCCUAUGGCUCAUAUGGUUAUACAGCCAACAGAGGAUGUGCCAGAUUUGUCACCUUGCAAGAGAUUCUUUUUCAAGUCUCAGGUGAUUGCAACCAACAAAUUUAAAAUUGAUAGAUGUGAGGAUUUUGUCUGGGUGACCAAGGAUGAACUAAUGGAGUACUUCCCUGAGAAAGCUGCAUUUUUUAACAAGAUGAUCAUCAGCUGAUGCCAGAUAUCAGUUUUACUGGCUGACCAAUAGGAUGGAUCUUUCUAAGAUCAAUAUUUUUUAUUUAGUCUGUAUUGUGUUCUUGUAUUUGAGCCCUUGCAGGGAGUUAAAACUGUUUGUGAUGGUCCAGAUGAAGAUUCAAACAUGAGAUAAGAGAACCCUUAGGUACCUUAGACCCUUCAACAAAAAGAUUUGAUUUUUUUGCUAUUCUGAUGAUUUUUAUUUCGUUGGUAAUUUGGAUGUCAAGGAUCCAUUUGGUUCCCUAUCAUGUAUGCUUUCAAUUUUGAUGCUGCAAUAAAGAUCUCUGACCCACAUUCACCUCCUAUAUGUAUAAGUGGCAUUGCCAGAA